AUGGGAGAGGGACGUACGUUUCUCUAUAGCAAUCUCACCACACCUGUUGCAAGCGACGCUGAGACGCUUAAAGCGGCCUGGAGUCGAGAGGACCGUAGACGCUACUGGCCUUUCCACAGUCGAAUCACGAAGCUAUGUUGUCGUCGUAGUCGUGGUCGCGUUGUGAUGCGGUCCCUCGGUGACCUGCGACGAAGUGCCUGCUCAGCAGCAGGUAUGAACGGCGCACAAGGCCGUCGUCCGGACUACCUGCUCGCGAGUGAUCACGAAGGAGCGAUGUGA